AUUACUUCAACACUAUGAGUCUACCUGUGCUGUUCGCUUAUGUACGUUUGAACUAUUUAGCUGACUUGGAUUAUGGCAAAAUAUUGGACGACUCCAACAUCAAUAUGUUUUCUCCUUCUGGUAUUCGUUUCUUCAGUGUUCUCUGAUGGAGAUGGCAGUUGUUAUUCUACGGAUGGCAAUCCAUAUUUAUAUUUUGGAACGAAAACUACGUACGACGUUGUAAGGAAUCCCCUUGGCAUACCUAAAGUUCCAGAGUGUAAGCCUUUACAAGUGUGGAUGGUUGCACGCCAUGGGGCUCACCACUCAAAUUCCAGAAAGAACUCCGAAUAUGUCAACUUAAUGGAUCUAAGGGACCAGAUUCUGGAAAACCAUGAACAGGGAAGAGGAUCCUUAUGUCCUGAGGACUUGAUGAGGCUGCGGGAGUGGCGAGAGUUCAAGACCAGUUCCCAGGAGCAGGACAGCCUCACUCCUCAAGGCGUCAGAGACUCCUAUAGUCUUGGGCUGAGAGUGCGACAAGCGUUCCCUGAUCUCUUCAAUGACAGCGAACCCUCCAAGGAUUUUGUAUUUCGCCACACAGAGCAGAACAAAUCAAAGGAGACAACUGAAUAUUUUAUAAGGGGGCUUUUUGGUAUUAUUUACAACCCCCAAUUUGCUCAUCCUCAGGAGAGUAAGUUGUUAGGGGCACAUGACAACUGCCCUGCAUGGACGCAGAAAAACGCCAAAUACAACGAUGAACUAGAUACCUUCAAGUCAGGAGAACUAAUGAAUCAGGUUUACAUAACCAUCAGCCGAAGACUUGGUUUCAACUAUGACCUACCUUUUUACGUGGUGGACGCCAUGUACCAGUGGUGUGCCGGGGACAAAUCAUCUUCUCUGGAAUCUUCUGCUGUUUGGUGUUCUGCCUUCACUGCUACUGAACUGAAGGCUAUGGAGUUUCUCGAUGACCUGGAGUACUACCACAAGACAGGGCCUGGAGACCGUUCCAACAUCAAUAAGAAACUUGGCUGUCCAUUUGUAAAAGAUAUGCUCACACAGUUUAGGGUCAUAGAGAUGAAUCCUGAUGCUAAAAUGCCAAAAGGAGUAUUCUACUUCGGGGAUGCUGAAGUUGUGGGUCUGCUGGCUUCAAGACUAGGCAUUUUUGCAGACAAAAAUCCUCCUUCUGCUACAUCCUACGUGGAUCAGGGACAAAGAUCUUUCAGGUCAUCUGCACUCUUGCCAUGGGGGGCUAACAUCAUGGCUGUGUUCUACCAAUGCUCCACCGAAGAGGCCCACCGGGUGAUGUUCCUAGUGUCCGAGUACGUGGUGUCCCUCCCAGGGUGUCCCUCAGGACUCUGUCCCUGGUCGCUGGUCCACCAUCGCCUCAGCCACUCCUUGGAGCGCCACGGUUGCUCUCUGGAGUUCUGUUCCCGACUCUCCUACCAAUGGAUUUCUCUGGCUCCUGAGGAUGUUUGGGCUAUCGUCAUAGUUGUCGCCACUGUCCUGUUCAUUGUCCACCUCUUUAGGUGCGUCAACGAACUGACGGCGUGAAGAAAUAAACGGUUUCAAUGA